AGCACAUCACUGCUAAUUCUCCUUGUUUUCCAUUAAACUAUGAAAUAAAAAAUACACUAUCCAGAACCAGUGUAAUAGAUAAUUCAACCUUAAAAUUUUACAAUUCCUUCCAUGUCAACAACUCUGCUACAAAUCUCUAUCUUAUUUUCACCUUUGAACUUAAACACUCUUCAUGAUGAUGUCUGCAAGAAGCCCAUUAGUUUCCACUCUCCGUCACAUUCAAAGAUUGCUUCUUUUAAUAGGAAAAGGUUCAAAUUGAGUGCCUUUAGGGAGAAGUGGAGUUUAUUUGAAGUGGGUAGGGGUAGAGGUGGGAUUUUGGUACAGGAUGAGGGGUGGAAGAGGAGAAAGAGGAUUGUUCUAGUGAGGUUUAAUCAGGGCUUUGGGUUUGGAGGUGGUGGUGGAGGAAGAGAUAAUAGUGAAACUGUUAGGCUUUUGGGUAAUGUUGCUUUGGCUAUUGGCUUGACUUAUCUUUCAAUGACUGGACAGCUUGGUUGGGUUUUUGAUGCUAUUGGAUGGGUUUUGGACAUUGUAAUUUCCAUUUGGGUCCUGGCAGUACUAAUACCUAUUGUUGGUUUGGGAGCUUUCCUCUGGUGGGCAGGACGGGAUAUACUUCAGGGCACUUGCCCAAAUUGCGGAAAUGAUUUCCAGAUUUUCAAAUCAACUCUGAAUGACGAGUUGCAGCUAUGCCCCUAUUGCAGUCAACCAUUCUCAGUGGUGGGAGAUGAGUUUGUCAGUGAUUCUGUGAAGUUCUCCAAUAGGUCUACAGCUUUUGGAGAAGCAUUUCGUGACUUCUCUUCUGGUUCAAAGAAAGGAAAGGAGUCUUCUUCGGCAGUUGUUGAUGUUGAAGCAGAAAUAAAAGAUGCCGACUGACAUGUUAAUUGAAAGAUACAGAAUAGGGCUCUAUACACAUAAUACCUUGGUUUGCACUUCAUUAAUCUUCAACUGCAAGUACAAAUCAGAUUUGAGUUUUGAGUAAUGAGAAGACUGGAUGAAGUUGAAGAGCAGGUGAUGCAGUCAACUGGAACUACCGAGAACCGGAAAAUACCACCGGGCAGUAGAAUAAUAGGCUGAACCAGGUUACAUUGCGAUUGUACUCUAAAUUUUGGCAAUGUCUGUAUUUUCUACCAUCUAUAUUAUAUAUCAGCAUCUCCUUGUUAUUUGUCUAGUCCCCCUAGCCGUGUUUUUUCUGCUGAGCAAUUGGAACGAAAAUUGUAUACUAUUUUGGCUUGUACAAAAUAAAUCAUUACAAAGCAGCGGCUUAAUAGAUUUUGGUUUGAUUUUGAA